AUGGCAAGCCACCACGAAUUGGAAGAGGGCAAGAUACUUAACCUGGACUGGGAGAAGCUCAAGAAGGUGUCCUUGUGCGAGUCGCCGGUGAUCCCUGUGGCGGUGCAGAGCGCUGACUCCAAAGAGGUGCUCAUCGUAGCCUUUGCCAACGAACAGGCGCUGAUGGAAACUCUACAUCGCAGAGUUUGCGUUCUCUGGAGCACAUCUCGAAAUCAACUCUGGAUAAAAGGCAGCACGUCUGGUGAUGUCCUUGACCUGGUGGAGGUUCGCGUAAACUGCGAACAGAACUCGUUGCUGUAUCUUGUCCGGCCCAGGACAACGGGCGCCUGCCAUACCAAGGGGCCGGAUGGAGUGUCACGGCCAUCUUGCUACUAUCGCAGAAUCGCUGGUUCAGGACUUUGUGUUCCAUGUCAUUGUGCGCAGUUCCGGCAGCUGCGAAGAAUCCAAAGUUCUUGCCCGCUUGCAUGA